AUGAGUAGAUCUGCCUUCCGAGGGCCCAAGCUGCCACGGGAGUUACUCGACCAGGUGUCCAAUGGCCGAGUCAACAAGCGCAACCAUCAGCAGACGAGAAAAGAGAGACGGAAAGCGGAGAGGGCGCAGAAGAGACCGCAGCCGACAAAAUCCAUUGCGAAGCCGCUCAAACCCGCUCUCAAAAAGCCAAAACCGGCGCCCCAGCAGCAGCCUGCAAAGGAAGACGAUGAGGAGGAUGGAGACGAUUUCGAAGACUUUGGCGGCGAUGACGAUACGCAAAGCGAUAAUAGCAGCGACAAUGAGGACGAUUAUCCUGCGGCCCAGGUGGUUCCUAAGGCUGUGAAAGCUAGAUUGGAGGAGGAUGACGCAGAGAUUCGGGCCUUGGAGAAGAAGCUGGGCAUACGAAAGAGCAAGAAGAAGGUCGGAGACGAUGAGCUAGACUGGCUAAUAGGUGGCGGUCUGAGCAGUGAGGAUGAAGAUGGAUUCGCUCUGUCAGCAAGAAAGCGCCCUGCCGCCGAGGAUGAAGACUGGCUGCAGAACAAGAGAAGGAAAGCGGCGGAGAAAGCGGCGAAGGUGCCGGACCCUGGGAGCGAGGAUGAGCAGGACGGCAGUGAUGGCUUUGCGGACUUCGAAAGCGGCGACGACGCAGACGUGAUUGAUGGAGAAGAGGAGGAUGAUGAGGAGGAGGAUAUCGAGAAUCCUUUCUCUGACGACGAGCUGUCAGACGGCGACCUGGCAUCCGAUGAUGCAGAUGCAGAGAAGGCUCCAUUCGUGCAGAAACAACGCGAGAAUCCGUACGUCGCGCCCGCAGUUCACACAGCUCCUUCCGGCAAAUUCGUUCCGCCCUCGCUGCGCAAAGCGGCGUCCAACGAUGAAGAAAUGUUGAGACAACUUCAGAGACAACUCAACGGGCAAAUGAACAAGCUAUCCGAGUCGAAUAUGUUGUCCAUUCUCUCUGCCGUGCAAGAAAUUUACGCAAAGAACGCUCGCGGUCAUGUUACUUCAGUUCUGAUUGAACUCUUUAAGAAUCGCGUUUGUGACCGGUCGGCCCUCACUGACAACGAGAUGAUUCUGCUUGCCGGUUUUGCUGCAGCAGUGUAUCGUACCUCAGGCCCGGACUUUGGCGCGCCUCUUCUGGAAGGGAUGGUUGAAGCUUUUGAUCGUUACCACGCCCAGGACUCCGACGAGAAGCAGACGCUCAAUAUUCUGGCAUUCCUAUCGAACAGUUACACUCUGCAAACGCUUGGCUGUGAAGUCAUUUUCGACUAUAUUCGCAUGCUUCUCGACAACUUCUCGGAGGCCAAUACUGAGCUGUUAUUGCGAGUUAUUCGCAUUUCCGGAACGCAGCUGCGACAAGAUGAUCCUUCCUCGCUGAAAGACAUUGUGUUACUGCUUCAACGCGCUAUCACUGCAGCAGGUGGUGCAGAGAAAGUGAGCGUAAGGACAAAGUUCAUGAUCGAGACGAUACACAACCUCAAAAACAACCGCACCAAGGCUGGGGGUGCCGGCUCAGUGAGCAGCAUCGAACACACCACUCGCAUGAAGAAGACGUUGGGCCAGAUUAAGAGCACGAAGACGACCGAGCCUCUCCGAAUCAGUCUUGCCGAUAUACGAGACUCUGAAAAGAAAGGUAAAUGGUGGCUAGUGGGUGCUUCCUGGCGAGAUCCUGCAAAGAUGGUCAAUGGUGCAUCUGAGCAACCCAUUGUCGCGACUGCCCCUCCUGCCAGAGAGGAUGAUGCAGCGGCAGACUCUGAACCGGAAGAGGUUGAUUUCUAUGCACUUGCCAAGGCCCAGGGCAUGAAUACCGACGUCCGUCGCGCUAUUUUCGUCUCGAUCAUUGGCGCUGUGGACCCGACGCAUGCCCAACUACGGAUCCAGAAGCUCAAUUUGAAGAACAAGCAGCAGCUCGAGAUUCCUCGUGUGGUGCUGCACUUCGCAGCAGCGGAGCCAAUAUACAAUCACUUCUAUACACUGGUCGGACUACAUUUCUGCUAUGGCCACAAGAUGGCUAAAGCAUGGCAAUUCGCGCUGUACGAUGUCUACCGACGCAUUGACGCUGACGACGACGAUGAAGACUCGGGAGAAGGAAAAUUGGAGAUAAAAAGCGUUUACAACAUCGCGAAACUCUAUGCUACCCUGGUGUCCGAGGGCCACCUACGGAUUACACUUCUAAAACCUCUUCCGUUUAUGACGCUCUCUGUAAAAGCGAAGGUGUUCGCGGAAGUCAUGCUCGCCACGCUCUUGGUUCUCUUGCGCAAGAAACACGGAAAGGAGGCGUUUGGGAAACAAACUGAGGAAUGUUUUGGCAGAGCGCACGCUGUACCAGAUAUGGUGAAGGGUUUGGACUGGUUCCUAGAAAAUGUUGUUCCAGAAUCUAAAGCCCCUUUCAAUUCGAAGGAGAGGAAAGUGAUCAGGCAGGGCAUAGAAUAUGCUGUUGAGGCUCUAAGAGACGAGAGACUGAUGGCGAGGACGGCAAGAGACGAUGGGGAUGAAGAGGAUGAUUAG